AUGCAAAAGGCCAAGCGAACAGUGGAAACGGAAUACGCAGUGGUGGGCACCUGGGAGGAUACAAAUAUUACGCUUUCUGUUCUGGAGGCCUAUAUACCACGAUAUUUCCGCAACGCCAAAGUGGCCUACUACUUGGGUAAAGACCGUCUGUCGCGAGUAAAUCGCAACAAUGUCACUCGAAUCGUCAGCGACGAAACUCGACUUAUUUUGAGGAAAAAUCUCACCAACGAGAUCGAGUUUUACGAGUUUUGCAAACAGCGUUUGUACCUCCAGUAUGCUGCUUUGAGUCAUGGAAAGCGAUUUGGGGAGGAUGACUAUAUUUUGGUGCCCGAACAGCAGAACGAUUACAAUGAGGAGUAUUAGUAGGUGCCCUUUUGAUAAGAGCCAGUUAAAUAAGAGAUAAGCCAGCAUAAAAUGUAUAAUUAAUAA